AUCAGGCUUUGGGAGUUCUUAUUAGGGUUUGCGGCCAAGGGGGGCUGCCUUUUAUAGUGCUCCACCGGAAGUCAUUUUGAAGUGUAUGCUUCCCGUGAGAGCCCUUCAUGCAUUCGCCAAGCCCGAUUUUUUUUAGAACUUUUUCCAUGGUUAUUGACAGCAAAUACCAAUUCUGAGCUCCACCAACCUCCACAAUGUUAUGCUGAGGUCAAUUGUUCGCACUUUCUUCUCCUGCUGCACCAAUCCACCCUUUUUUCUUCUGAAUCCCGUAGUAAGAAGUCCAUGUGGCGGUUCAUCUCGGUUUAAGAUCAUGAAAAGCUGCAGCUACAGAGGAGGUGUUAGCAAUACUGGAAGCAUGGCCGAUGUUUUGGAGAUCAUUGGUCCUCUGGAGAACUUCCUUUCCUCCGAUGCUAUCAUCUAUGUGACGUUGCUGAGGAAAUGUAUCCGGUGUAAGAAUUUCCUGAUUGGAAAGUUGGUUCUUGCUCAUUUGGUUAAGCUUGGAUUCAAAUCAGAACUUCUUGUUUCAAAUGUUCUGCUGGAUGUCUGCUGUAAAGCCGGGUUUCUGGAUGAUGGCUUAAAACUGUUUGAUGAAAUGCCGCAAAGGGACCUCAUCUCUUGGUGCACUAUUAUCUCUGGUUUUGUGAGCCAUGGAUUUGAUCUCAAAGCUUAUAGUGUCUUCAUCGGGAUGCUUCAGAGUGGACUGAAACCCAACCAUUUUGUAACUUCGUCUGUGCUGAAGGCUUCUGCAGCUGCAGGAAUUCCGGAACUCGGUGUUUUGGUUCAUUGCUUGGCUACAAAAUGUGGAUUAGGGUUUGAUAGAUUCGUUGAAGUCGGUCUGGUUUGCAUGUAUGCAAAAUGCGGGUUUCUGAAUGAUGCAAUCAAGCUGUUCUACGAAAUUCCUGUGAAGAGUUCUGUUUCCUGGAACGCUAUUAUUUCGGGUUGUAUUCAGAAUGGUUAUCUCAUGGAGGCUGUCAAGAUAAGCCUCGAGAUGUGUCAGAUAGGAUUUCGAAUGGAUUUAGUGACUUUGAGGAUAGUUAUGAGUGCUGCUUCUGCCUUAGAAAUGUUUGAUUUUUGUAAGUUACUCCAUGUUUAUUCGAUAAAACUAGGGUUUGAUACUGAUUCUUUUCUCGUUGCCGAGUUUGUGAGAUUGUUAGCUAUGCUCGGCGAAGUAUCCUACAUGAGCGAGCUCUUUAAUGUGGUAAAGAGGCCUGAUGUGUCCUUGUAUGCAUUGCUUAUAUCUGGAUAUCAUCUCCAUGGUUGCAGGGAAGAAGCUUUAAAGUUAGUAGAAGAGCUAUUUGCUGUGGGUUUGAAGCCAACAGAAGGAUAUUGGAUCACUAUUUUAAAUAUUUGUGCUUCCAAGGAAGAAGGUAAUCAAAUCCUUGCUCUUAUAUUAAAAAUUGGAUUUUUAUCAUCCAUUUCUGUCGGGAAUGCUUUGAUUUCCAUGUACAUUAGAUGCGCCGAUAUGAUUGAGGCUUAUGGAACCUUUCUUAAGAUUGAAGAACGCGAUACUGUUACAUGGACGGCAAUCAUGGCAGGUCUUACUCAUAACCUCCAAUACAGAGAAGCUCUUCUAACUUUUCAGGAUUUCAGAAAAACCAAACUCCAACCAGACGAACAAUGUCUGGCAACAGCUGUCAAUGCUUGCACUGGUCUUAAAGCCAUAUAUAAUGGCAAAAAGAUCCAUGCUUUAGCUGUAAAACAAGGAGUUGAAAUCUGUAAAUUUAUAAUUGCAUCCAUUCUUCACAUGUAUGCAAAAUGCUCUUAUAUAGGCAGUGCGGUAAGGUUGUUUUCGCUUUCAUCCGCAUCCUACGCCUGUGAUUUGAUUCUAACGAAUAUCAUGCUCGCUGGCUAUUGUUGGAAUUCUCUGCCACUUAUGGCUUUGGAGCUGUUUAAGAGGGAGAGCCAAUCUGGACUGAUUCCUGACCAGUUCACCAUUUCUACCCUGCUUGGUGCUUGUGCUGACUUGAAUACAAUGACUGCAGGUGAGCAGAUACAUUGUUGUGUCGUCAAGAUAGGAUUUGAAUUCUCCGACAUUUUUGUUCAGAAUGCCAUUGUUAACAUGUAUUUAAAGUCCGGAAACAUUGCCAAUGCAUGCAAAUUUUAUUAUUUCAUGAGGAGAAAGAACAUUAUCUUGUAUGAAAUGUUAAUGGCGGGUUACCUACGCCAGAAGGGAGGAGAGGAAGCUCUGAUACUUUUAUCUGACUUGCGUCGAAGUUUCUUAUGUAGCUGUUUAGUGGCAUUUGCGAUGGUCUUAAGAGCUUCUGCCAAUUUUUUUGAGCUGCAGGUAGGUGAGGUUAAUUUGUCAGAAAGAUGUAAGGAAGAUUCACAUAAGUUGUCAGGAAAUAAUAUUAUUUCUGAUUUUGAUUUUGAAGAAAAUUAUGAAUAUGGUGGAGCGGAAAAAAGACAUUUUGCACCUCUUGGUCUUUUCAAACAAGAAGGAGCAGAUCAAAACUGUUAUUUUGAUGUGGAUGGAAUUUAUUUCUAUGAAGAUUUUGUUUCUAGGUUGUGUAAAGCAUCACCUAUUCUCAGCCCUCUAGAAACUCCGAGAUUGAUUAGCUCACCGAAGCCAGCAGGCCUGGCCCCUUGAACAAUAAUAAAUGGUGAAAGAAGCAUUUUUGCAGAUAUCUGCAUGUUUUGCACAUAAAUCCAAAUACUUUUGCGAGUUAUGUUAUUAAAGUUGAUGAAGAUGAAGACAAUAAGACGGGAUCUUCUUAUCCUUCUGGUUACUUUGCCAGGUGAUCUCUAUGCUCUCUGGUUCAUAUUUAAUUUCUGAACUGGUGGGUUCCUCCUGCACUCUUCACUCUGUGAUUGCUACAAAUGAAGAUUAGCCGGAGGGCGGACCCCCAACCAACCCCAUGUGACUAAUUCGAGGCGAGACUCGAACCCUUAACCCUCAGGGGUCUUACAAAUGCUGCCAACCAAUGAGCCACAAUAUCUCAUCUAUGCAGAGAGAGAGAGAGAGAGAGAGAGAGAGAUGAAAACAAAGAUUGUCAGCAAUGCCGGCCUCUCUUUUAAUCUUUUAAAAAAAAUAGCGUCAUUUACAUUCAUAGCACACAUUUCUUAUGUAUUUACAC